UCUCCAAUUUUAGCUUUGAUUGGUCAAUAAAUUUGUAGUGCCUGUGUUUCUAAGACUACUAAGUCACUGAGCAUACUGAUCAUGGAUGCAGAAGAGAAACCUGCUGAAUCAGAUAACAUGGAGGAGCGGACUCUAUCAGCAAAAAAUGAGACGUCAGUUUCUCCUAAUUCCUCUCAGGAUACAGCUCCUUUAGGUCAUCCGAGGAAUAACACAGGUCAAUCUGAAGCUUUUGGUUCUCCUGGAGAUCGUGCUGUCUAUCCACCUAAUAUUUAUGCCCCUCAGGCACAGGCGUUCUACUACAGGGGCAUGGAAGUGGCACAAUGUUAUCUAGAUGGCAAUGCAGACGCAGUAGAGUUUUGUACGCAUGAGCCGUAUCACAAUGUUUUAGCAGCUGCAACUUACACUUUGCAGGAGGGGGAUAGGCCGAGUCGAACUGGUAGCAUUUCACUUUUCGAUGUAAAUCCUGAUGUGGGUCGGUUUGAGUUGUUUUACCGCGUGGAGACUGUGGGGAUUUUUGACAUUAAGUGGAGUCCUGUUGUUGGGAAUGUGGGUCCAAUGCUUGCGCAAGCUGAUGCUGAUGGUUACUUGAGAGUUCAUGGAUUAGAGUGCUGUUCUAAUGGAGGGGACUCUCUAUCUCUAAGAGAGAUAGUUGGUGAAAAAAUAAGCUCCUCUAUGUGUCUUUGUGUGGACUGGAAUCCAUCAACCACAUCUAUCUCAGUGGGGCUUUCUGAUGGUUCUGUAUCUGUAGUGUCCUUUUCAGAGUCCCAGUUAAAAGUAAUUCAAGAGUGGAAAGCACAUGAUUUUGAGCUAUGGGCUGCAUCAUUUGACAUUCACCAACCUCAGUUGGUAUACACUGGUUCGGAUGAUUGCAAAUUCAGUUGUUGGGAUUUAAGGGAUGGUCCUUCCAAUUUGGUGUUUCAGAAUUCUAAAGUCCAUAAGAUGGGUGUCUGUUGCAUUGCAAAGAGUCCUAGGGACCCUAAUAUCUUACUCACCGGUAGUUAUGAUGAGUAUCUAAGGCUAUGGGAUGUAAGAUCAAUUUCCAAACCAGUCAAUGAAACUUCAGUUUGUUUAGGGGGAGGAGUUUGGAGAGUCAAGCACCACCCAUAUGUACCAGGCGUGGUCUUAGCAGCUUGCAUGCACAAUGGCUUUGCAGUUGUGAAGAUUGAUGAGGAGAAAGGAGAAGUGAUGGAAACCUAUACCAAGCAUGGCUCACUUGCUUACGGUGCAGAUUGGCAGAGGGGGAAUUUAUCUCAUAAGGUCAAACAAAACAGCUCUGUAGUGGCUACUUGUUCCUUUUAUGAUCGGCUUCUUCAGAUAUGGAUACCAGAAAGUAGCGUUGUUAAGCAACUUUAAUGCAGUUAAAUAUAUAUGUGAAAUUAAUGACUGAGAAAUAUUUUUUACAUUCAGAGAAGAGAAAGACCGGAAAGUUAACUAUAUUAAUAAGAGAUAAAUAUUUUUUAA